AUGUCAGCUGCUUCAUCUUCUAUGGGGAAAACCUCAAAUCAUAAGCCAUUGGACCCUUUUGCUAAAAGCUACCAACCUCAAGGUCCUCAACCGCUAAAUAUCUAUUUUCCCCCUGAGUCGCCUUAUUACUUCCAUUGCCAUCCUCCUCCAAGCUUUCAUUAUUUAAAUAUAUAUAACUCAGGAAAGCAGCCACUUCCAUGGAUUGAAGUGUUCAAUGCCCCAAAACAUAUAAACUAUGGGUCUGAAGGGAUUGUUGGGAAUAGGAACAAAAGUAAAUGGAGGUUACUUCCUCCACGGUUGAAGUCGGCGAAGGAGUUUCCAAUGCAUAGGCAAGAAGUUUGGGUCAAAAAAGUGAAAGCUGGUUCAAAUCACGCUGAGGAACAAGCCAAAUUUGAUGGAAAGACUUCAUUAAUGAUCAAAAACGUCCCCAAUCACUUUCAAAGGAUUGAUUUGCAGCGCGUGUUGGAUGAUCACUGCGGGACAGAAAAUAGAAAAGCUCAACCGGGCUCUUAUUUCUGCAAAUCUGAAUAUGAUUUCCUUUAUCUUCCAAUGGAUUUUGGGUUUCACUUAAAUCUGGGAUUUGCAUUUGUUAAUUUUACGAGUCCUGUUGCUGCAUUGAGGUUUUAUAAGGACUUUAACAACCGAGAAUGGAGCUCUAGACUUGGCAGGAAGAAAAUCUGUGAAAUUAGUGUUGCCAAAUUCCAGGGAAAAGAUGCAUUGAAAGAAAAUUUUGAGCACUCUUACUUCGCGUGUCAUACAAACAAGUACUUGCCAGUGGUUUAUACCCCACCACGGGAUGGUUUCAACCGCUCUAACCCAACUGUUGUUGGCAGACGAAUCCACGUAACUGCGACACCAAAGGAUCAAAAGGUGAUGAUCAUGACCCAAAGGAAGAACAAAAAAGAAGCUUGA